AUGGGCCCCCGUGCUCCCAGUUGCAGCCUCGCGCUCCCAAGGAAGCCGCCGGCUUUUGACCCGUCCUGCCCGGAGUGCGAUGGGUUGCUGACGGAGCUCCAGGGCCUGGGGCAUCAGAGAGGGGCGCACGGGCGCCAGCGCCGCGUACCGCCCACGUUCGGCCUCGGAGCGCGCGGGCCCGCCUGGUCUCGCAAGGAGGACGCCGUGAGGGCCCGCAAGCCGGAGCCCGAGGGCUUGGGCGGCUUCGGCGAGGACCCAGCCGGCCCAGAGCCCACGGCGGGGCCCUCCGCAGAGGCGCCCGCCACGCCCCGCCCGCCCCUGGAGGAGAACGCCCCGCACCGCCCCGGCGGGGACGGCCCGGAGGGCCCAGAGCCCACGGCGGGCCCGCCCGCCAAGGCGGCGGCACCGGGCCGCCCCCGCAGCGCGGGCGACCGUGCGUCCAGGGCAGUGGGUGCGGCAAGGGCGGCGGUGAUAGCUCUGCGCGCGAAGGCGAUCGGCACGGCCUCCGUGUAG